CCUCUUACCUCAUCAUUUGCUCCCUAGAUUGAGAACAGACUUACAGUUAGUCAUUCAUUCCUUACGAUCAGUUCAGAUUCCCUCGCUGGGACCCCCAUCAUGCGCCUUCGCUCUCUUUGUGUGACGGGCAUCUGGCUGGCCAGCUGUGCUGCCAGCCCUGUCCCGGAUCAUCCUGGUGACGGUACCCAGACGGCUUUGCAGACAGCGCCCGUGGUGACCGGCCAUGAGAUCCAUAUUCCUUGUGCAAAAGGCCCCGGGCCCGAGAGCAACCAGGAGGACCCAUACCUGGCGAUGAAAUUCCGGACUGAAAGCAAUGCCCUCUUCGCCAACGAUGUCUCCAUUUUCCCAGCCUCAUACCCAAUGCACCUGCCUGCGACCCGGCACCAGGGUCCCGGCCAGGGUGUGGAGGAUGUGCUGCUGCAAUAUGCCGUGAAUAUCGAUUACAUUCGUCCGCAUCUGGAUACUUUGGUGCAAGAAGUCUACCAGGUGGAGGUCAAACUCUUCGAUGUGUCUGGUCGCCCCGCCACCACCGAUAUUGUGACCGUUCGACUGUCCCGGCAGCAGGAGGGGGAGUUGUACAUCUCCCAGAUCACGGUGGACCCACUCCCUCAGUACCAUGAUGCUCACGGGGAUGGCAACCGUCUCUGGCAUGUCAAAUACUGGAAGAUGAUCAUGGCCAAGUACCAGGCCUGGCGACAGACGAAAGGGCACGGACAGUUGCAGCCCGCGAUGCUAUCGCACGAAGCCAAAGAAAACCAGCCAAUGCCGACCGACGAUAAGGCUCACACCCCGGAAGGGUCUAGUCCGGCUGAUAGAGCAGAGACCGUGUCUCCGUUUCGGGUGUUUGGCGUAGACAGGUCUCCCCGACCGGCUGUGUUGCGUCCCAGUGGUCACCAUCGAGACUUCUGGCGACUCGUCGUCCCUGCUAUUUUCCCGGCACUUCUGGGGGCGAUGGCCGGCCUGGUGGUGUGCAUGACGGGCCUGGUGGUGUGGAAGAUAGUUGCGUGUACAUGUGUCCGGAUGCAGGGUCGGAGAUGUCGGAGGGCCGGGGGCUGCCAGCUGGAGAGACGCGUCUGGUCGGAGAAGCAGCGGUUGUUAGAUGAGAUCAGCUGAUAACCUAUCUACCUAGGGGUAUCUAUCUCAGGCCAGCCUGUUGGGGUCCGACGCGAUAUUAAUUCGUGGGGGCUGAGCUGCUGUUCCUGGCCAGUCCGAAUGUAUAGCAAUGAUUCCUGCGACAUGCCAAUAAUUGCAGCAAUUAUUUUUGAUCGACCACUAGUAGGCCAUAGCAGUCUGGGUGGGUAACUGUCGUGAAACCGAGGGAGUCAGGAUGGGAUUCUAGACCGGUUGGGGGCGGGUGAGCAUCCUACGGGGGCUGAGCAGAAUCCUAGUAGUAGUCUAGUCCAUAAUAAUUAGUUCUUAUC